GAACCAGUCCCUCUAUCUCUGCCUUCAUCCCAGCAGCUUCUAGCCUACAUUACCCAUAAUGCACCUCACUUAGCCCGGGCUAACAUGGCGGUGGACGGCUGCAUCCUGCAUAGGACCCUGUCCCGGUCCAUACCAGCUCCGAACCAGGCGUCCUCGUCCUCCCCCGUGGUCUGCAGGGAGUCUCUGUACGUUGUGGACGUCCGGCGCUACAGCAGAGACCAGGCGUCCGCCGUCUACUUUCCGCAGGCCGUCCUGAGUGGUGAGGACCUGUAUGACGUCACGCUGACGGACGGGGACUGCCGCCUCCAGGUGACUCUGGACCCCGGGCUGAACCGGCUGGUGGAGAGGCGGGUUCUGAAGCCCGGGUCAGCGCUCUGUAACGCCACCUUCAGCGCCGCGCUGAGCGCCCAGCUCCCAGAAUGCCCUGGGGCGUCAGAAGGCAGAGACAGCUACAGACUGGUGAGCCUGCAGGUCAGAGACCCCGAUGAGGAGGAGGAGGGAGGAGUCAGGAGGUCCGGGGUGGACUGGGACUCUCUGCCCUGGUUCCGAUCAUCAGGACCAGCAGGUGAGACCAGAAGCAGCAGCAGAACCAUCAGUCCUGUCCUGUCAGCUGAUUGGUUCCCGGGUCCCUCAGGUGUCCUGGUUCCGCUCAGAGCCAACAGGAGCGUCUUCCUCCCCCUGUGGAACAGUGUGGACCCCAGCGGCGAGGCCUGGACGGAGGCUCCGCCCCCUGAGGACAGCCCGGAGGAUGAGGAGGAGGAAGGGCGACAGCCGUCUGUGACCGUGUCUGAGCUGAGGGACGGCUUCCUGUCCGGUCGCCGUGGAGUCUCCAGAGGCGCCAUGCAGCUUCAGCUGAUUGUUCGCAUCACGGCCAAGUCUCACCUGAUGUACUACGGAAGGACGGACAGGAACUGUGAAUGUCCAUAUAAGGCUGUGCUACAGGCGUGCGACUGGACAGGAAGUGUGUGUCUGGUUCUAUGGAACAGCAUGUGUGUCAGCUGGUACCGCCGUCUGAAGCCCGGUGACAUCAUCAGCCUGAGACGCUACCGGGUCAAACAGCACUACCAGGCGGAGGCCGAUGACAUCGAAAUCAGUGUGAACAGCAGGAAUCCUGCAGCUCAGAUAUCCAUCCUCCAUGACGCCUCGGUUGCCCCUGACUACCUGCCCCCCGCCCCGUCCUACAGCUUCUACAGCAGUCAGGAGCUCCUGGACCGUCCUCAGGGGACCCUGUGUGAUGUCAUCGGCCUGCUGACCUUCACUGGGCGCUCGGAGCGAGUUAGGAGUAAAGAUGGCCGAGGGGCGGGGCUUCUGGAGUAUCGCUGGCUCCGAUUGGAGGACGGCAGCAGUGAUAAACCAAUAAUGGUGAAGCUCUUCUCCACCUCUCAGCCUGAGACACACCUGAAGCUCCACCCGAUGUCUGUGGUCGUCUGUACUCGGCUGAAGUCCGUCACCUCUCACCCCGCCUCUCUCUAUCUGACCAACACCACCUUCACUCAGGUGUACUGCACAGGCCUGGGCCACCACUCCCAGAUGAGCUACCGUAAGCUGCAGAAGGUCCGAGGCUUCCUGCGGUGGCUGAGGAGUCAAGACGACCAGCAGGUGAUGAGCAGGGCUCUGAUUGGAGGAUUCUUCACCUACCCGCCUCCUGUCGUCUCCCUGGAAACGUUCAUGAAGGAGAGGAGGGGCGAGCUGAGCUUGCUGCAGGGGGCGGAGCUUCAGACGGAGCUGGAGAGGCUCUGUUACCGAGAGCGACGCACCUUCUGCCUUCAGGCGACCGUUUCCAUGGUGACCUACAGAGGAGAGGAGGACCGCUGUCUCUUCUGGAGGGACAGACCUUCAUCCUCCUCCUCCUCUCCCGCCUCCUUCAGAACUCCCUCCUCCUCCUUCUCUCCCACCUCCCCGUCCUCGGCUGCCAGUCUGUCCACCCCUCGUCCUGCAGACCUCCGCUCGCCACGGACGUCCAGGAAGAGGAGGAGGCUCCCCCUGGAGACGCCCAGCAAGAGGCGUCCUCUGCCUUCCGUCCCGCCAGAGGACAACAACAGGACAGUCAUCCUGUUUGAAGCCUCCAUGGAGUUUCUAGAAAACGCCGCUGAUGAAGACGAGGAGGAGGAUGAUGAUGACUGUUCGUCCUUCUGCACCGCCCCCCUACCCCCGAUGGUCCCAGCUGUCGCCAUGGAAACCCUCCCACUGCACUUCGAUUACGAUCGCAGGGAGGAACAGGUGGCUGCCAUAUCGAUGGGAGGCGGGGCCGGAGCGCAGAGCUUUGGCUCCGCCCCCAUGGAUUACUACACCAUCAGACUGAAAGGUAGACCCACGCCGAGAGGGGAGGAGGGGGAGCUGUGUCUCAGGGUUGUCAUGGUUACCUGUGGUUGUCCCCUCAGCUCUGUCAGAUGGCGUGCUCAUGGAUGCAGUCUUCCUCCCUCGCCUCUCCUCCUCCUCCUCCCUGCUCCGUCACGCCAACACCUGGACCUCCAUCCUGUCCCACGGAGCCUUCUCUCCACACACACCGCCGCCGUCUCCAGCUGACCUCAUCGCCAUGGCGCCGCAGCUGGCCAAUCAGAGGCUGGUUUGCGUCCUGGAGGCGUGUCACCUGGGCGGAGCCAGGACGGAGCUGGUACUGACUCGAGGCUUCCACCUGAAGGACUAAUUUAUUUAUUUAC